AUGGCGACUCUUCUCCCCCCGCCCAGCAAACGCCAAAGAGUUGCUCAGGCCGACAAGGCCCGUGAGCAACAAGAGAUUGAUCGCAUCCCCUCCGAUCUGGGAAGCGUCCGUGUCCAAUUCUUCGACCAGGCGACCGGCAAUCCCACAGGUCCCGCAGUCUCAGUGCCCGUGGCCGACGCCAAUACCAAGAACCUCGAGACACUUCUCAACACAUUACAAGGCAAUGACGACGACGACCGCGUCCCAUACCGAUUCACAUACCAAUCCGACAAAGAAGGCCAAACCAUCGACAUCCUCGCCGAUCUCUACCACUCCCUCCUCCAACCUGGAAUCAAAACCACCGAAGAUACCGUCUCGCUCUACUACACCCCGCAAGCCGUUUUCCGUGUCAAGGCCGUCUCCCGCUGCGCCGCCUCCAUCGCCGGCCAUGGCGAAGCCAUCCUUGCAACCUCCUUCUCGCCCGUCUCGUCCUCAACAAUGGUCUCUGGAAGCGGUGACUCGACCGCGCGUGUCUGGGACUGCGAUACAGGUACACCCCUCCACACACUCAAGGGUCACACAAGCUGGGUGUUGGCGGUGGCAUACUCGCCAAACGGAGCCAUGAUUGCGACAGGUAGCAUGGAUAAUUCGGUGCGACUGUGGGAUGCGAAGAAAGGGCAGGCACUUGGUGGUCCAUUGAAGGGCCAUGCGAAGUGGAUCACCAGUUUGGCUUGGGAACCGUAUCAUAUUCAAGAACCCGGUCAUCCACGACUGGCGUCUGCAUCGAAGGAUUCCACCGUGCGUGUGUGGGAUGUUGUUUCCAAGCGCAUUGAAACCGUUUUGACCGGUCACAAGGGGUCUGUUACUUGUGUGCGCUGGGGUGGUACAGGGUUGAUUUAUACUGCCUCGCAUGAUAAGACGAUUAGGAUUUGGAACCCGAAGGAUGGAACUCUUGUUCAGACUCUGUCGGCCCAUGCGCAUCGAGUGAAUCAUUUGGCUUUGUCGACGGAUUUUGCCCUACGCACCGCUUACCAUGAUCACACCGGUAAGGUUCCUACAGAUGAUAAGGAGAAGGUGGCUGCUGCGCGGAAGCGGUUUGAACAGGCUGCUACUGUCAAUGGGACGAUUGUUGAGCGAUUGGUCUCGGCUAGUGAUGAUUUCACCAUGUACCUGUGGGAGCCGUCUAGCUCGAACAAGCCCGUCGCUCGACUGCUGGGUCACCAGAAGGAGGUUAACUAUGUUACUUUCUCCCCGGAUAUGGCGUAUAUCGCGUCUGCUGGAUUUGAUAACCACGUCAAGAUUUGGAAUGGACGUGAUGGAAAGUUUAUCACUACCCUCCGCGGCCACGUCGGUGCUGUUUACCAGUGCUGUUUCUCAGCCGACUCUCGGAUGCUGGUCUCGUCGUCGAAGGAUACCACCCUGAAGGUGUGGGAUGUCCGCACCGGCAAGCUAGCUAUGGAUUUACCGGGUCAUAAGGACGAAGUGUUUGCAGUGGACUGGAGUCCGGAUGGACAGAAGGUUGGCAGCGGAGGCAAGGACAAGGCGAUUCGGAUCUGGCGGAACUAA